UCUUGAAGGCAGAGGAUGGAGCAGGUGGAGUGACAGAGCGGGGCAGACGAGGCAGCUCCCAGGAGUGGGGGGAAAUCCCCCCCCCUUCGCGUAACCCUUGGAAAGAGGGGAGGUGUCAGGGGGAAACUCCCCCCGCCCCCUGGAACCGAGCGGCUCUGUCUGGGAUCUUUAGUUGGGAGGAUUUUGUACACACCGAGCUCGGGACAGGGGGUUUUGCUGCCUUUGCUCCUGGCGUGUCCGGACCGGCGAUGAAGCCCCGGCCCCGCGUGUGAACCGGACUCCGCCGCCGCUGAAGCGGGGCUGGGAGCUGUGGGGCGAGCGCUGCAGAGAUUUUGGUGCGCGGCGGCGGCGGCGGGGGGGUCUCUCGCUUUUUUUUUGUUUUUCCUUUUUCUUUGCACAACCUGAUGAGUUGCUGAGGGAGGGGAGGGGGCUGAUCUCCCCCCCCCCCACCUCCUCCCCUGCAAACUCCCCCACCCCGCCUCGCUUGGCAAGUCGAUGGGCGCCCUGGACCCAAUCUCCGGAGCCAGCAGCCCCGCGCUCACCAUGCUGAAUGGGGCCGAGAGCCAAAGUUUUGCCAAGGAGCCGCUGGAUCUGCAGGGGGCCAAGGAGCCGGCCGAGCUGAAGAUGGGCGUCCCGGAGCGGUUCUACUUCCCCGACGCCCCGGCUCCGGAGAGCUGCCCGCUGAGCCUGCCCUACAGCGCCCCGAUGGUCCCGGGGGGCUUCGGGGGCAGCGCUCCGGCCACCGGCCGCUUCCUCGGCCCGGCCCUGAGCAGCUGCUCCGCCUACAGACCCCAGCCGCCGCCCGCCGCCGCCCAGCCGGGCGGCCACGGCUUCGCGCUGCCUCCCGGCGAGCUCUACCCCGGCGGCGGGGAGCUCUACCCGAGCCCGGCGGCGGGGGACAGCUGCUACCCAGGCGCCGUGCAGCACGUGUUCCCCCGGGGCCCGCUCUACCCGGUGCCCGGCUACCAGCUCUCCGGCAAGGUCCAAGUGAUGCUCAACAACUACCCGCUCUGGGCCAAGUUCCACAAGCACCAGACCGAGAUGAUCAUCACCAAGCAGGGCAGGCGGAUGUUCCCGUUUCUCAGCUUCAACCUCUCCGGGCUGGACCCCGUGGCUCACUACAGGGUCUGCGUGGACAUUGUCCUGGUGGAUCAGCACCACUGGAGGUACCAAGGCGGGAAGUGGGUCCAGUGCGGCAAGGCCGAGGGGAACAUGCCAGGUAACCGGCUGUACAUCCACCCCGACUCAUCCAACACCGGGGCCCACUGGAUGCGCCAGGAGGUCUCGUUUGGAAAACUCAAGCUCACCAAUAACAAGGGGGCAUCCAAUAACAUCACACAGAUGAUUGUGCUGCAGUCGCUGCACAAGUACCAACCGCGGCUGCACGUGACGGAGGUGAAGGAGGGGGAAGGGGAUGAGGCCUAUCCCUCCGGCAACACCCAGACCUUCAUCUUCCCGGAGACGCAAUUCAUCGCCGUCACGGCCUACCAGAACGCCGACAUCACUCAGCUGAAAAUCGACCACAACCCCUUUGCCAAGGGCUUCCGGGACAACUUCGACUCGAUGUACACGACAGCAGAGGGCGACCGCGUGACCCCGUCCCCGCCCGACGCCACCAGCUGCCAGCAGCUCCUGCCCGGCAGCCGCUUCCCGUCCUUCCUGCACGAGCAGUACCCGCUGCCCCAGAGCCGCUACUACAACGGGGAACCGCUGCAGCACAAGGAGCACCCCCGCUGGUACUUCGCCUCCCAGCAGCCCCCCACCGCCCCCCUGGAUUACGGCGCCUACGAGGGCAGCUACGGCGGGAACAAGUACAUGCCCUUUGGCGUCAAGGCCUUCCCCCUGCCGGCCUCGCCCCACGCCACCCUGCCCUACUACCAGGAGCCCCACCCCUUUGGCUCGCCGCCCGCCGCCUGGCAGCCGCCCGCCAAGCCCAGCCCCGGGGCGCUGGGCUGGUUCCGGUCCGUGCGGGACGUCCGGCCCCUGCCCGCCAGCGAGGAGAAGGGGAAGGACGCGGAGGGCUGGGCCGAGCCGGCCUCGGUCAAGUCGGUGGACUCGUCGGACUCUGGACUCUUCGAGGCGGAGUGCAAGCGGCGCAGGGUGUCGCCCUACGCCUCCAGCGCCGAGAGCUCGCCCCCCGCCCGUAACGGGGACCUGUACGACAAGGACGGGGGCGCCGACCCCGGCUACUACGGCUUUUACGGCAACUGAGGGGGGCGGGGAGGGAGCGUUUUCCUGGUGCUGCGGGGCUGGAGCUCCCCCGCCCCCCAAAUCAUAUCAGAUGUCCCCAGGGAAAGGGCGCGACGGGGGGCAUUUGCUGCAGACAGACGCAGCAGAGAAGGUGAAGGUGGGGGGGUGAAGCUUCUCUGGGCGACUUGCCCCCCCCCAGCCCCCCGGUGCACAGUUCAAGCCCUGCCCACACAAAUGUUACUGUUUGUUGGCGGGGGGCAGGGUGGGGGUGAGCGUGUGCCCGAACUCAGUGUGUGCCAGGCUGGGCCCUGCUGGCCCGUGUUUGUGCAACGGCACAUGUGCACACGCCCUCGUGCGCCUGUGGUUGUAGUCGUGCACGCGGGAGAGGGGGGGCAGCCCCAGAGGUGCUCACACCCAUGUGCAUUUACACACUAGCCCAUGCCCCAGUCACGCACAAGCACAUGGGCACACCGUGCUGCACGCGCCUGUUCCCCCGCAUUGGUCACACAUACACAGGGGGGCUCACACAUGAGAGAAAAAUGCCCACGCCUGUGUGCCCAUGCGUGCUUCUGCACUGGUGGCCUGACACGCUCCCCUCUAUUAAAUUAGGCAAACAACCAACAAAGGCACCCCCCCAAAGCACCAACAAUGCAGUUACCCUGCAGCCAGGAGACCCACCGAGGCUGCAGGCCUGGCCUGACCCUGCUUAUCACUGAUGCCCUGAGCGCCUGUCUUGCCAUCCCCAGGCCAGGGUGGGCUGGGCACAGGGGCACGUUUUGUUUCCCCACCUCCACCCCAAUUGCUCAGUGCUGCCCUCCGGUGGCAACCAGUGGUGGCGGGAGCACCCUCCUAGCAGCCUCAUUUCCCCCCAUUGCAGCAGGCACCUUCUGGCCCCCCCCACUUCUCCCCGAGCGUGCAGAGGGUUCGGGCAUGACGGGGGCCUGGUCCGUGCCCAGCGCAGCCCCCUGCAGAAAGGCGCCAAACCACAUGGGUGGCCUCGGCUGCUCCCCUGUGGCUCUGCUGGGUCUGGCAGUGGGCAGGAAGGCCAUGCUUGGGGGGCGGGGAUGAGUUUUGCACCAACCUUACCUCAGCCACCGGCAGUGACCCCGGGCUGGUCCCUGCCCUCAGCUCAGGGGAGCAACUAAAGCAAAUUGGGGGGGGGGGGUGCCAUACCUGACAAGCCCUGGAAACUGAAAGGCUCUGCCCCCUCCCACCCCCCAAGUAAGAACCCUCAGCCCCCUCCCCGUCUGGCCUGUCUCUUCACCUCACCUCAGGGGCGCCUGGGGUCCCCCAGCUCACGGGGCAGAGGCCCCCGCUGCCCCCACGGGCGCUACGAACCAGCCGUGCAAGGGGGCAGGAGCAGACUGGUUCACUGAGGCCGGCCUACAGUGCCCAUCUGCCCGUGGCAAUGCAGCCAUCGGGACGAGGCACCUACAUUGACAAUAGGGGCACUGCCAGCUUGGGGGGGGGCAUCCCCCCCACAUCCCACCUUCUGAGCCCUCCAGCUCCAACUUGGCACUGUGGGGAGGGGGGAUGUUGCCUUUCACCCCCAGCCAGCCUAGCCUGGCCCCCCCAUUCCUGUCCUGUCCCUCGGCUACGGGCAGCCCCUGUGCGCGUGAGUUUGGGUUUGUGGCGUCCACAAGGGAAGGGAAGGAAAGGCGAACGGCUGCCGCUGAACGUAAGCCCUGGACUUACGGCUCUGCCCAGCAGGCCCUAUGCUGAGGCCCUGACGGUGGUGCUCCUUGGGUGGGGGCUGUCUGAGCUGCCCCAUGGGGAGGGGGGUCGUUGGAGGGUAAAGGCGCCCCAUUCUAACACAGCGGCAUUGCCCCGAGCCGUUUAGCCAGGCCAGAAAGCAGGGCACCCCCCCAGGAUGUGCAGCUCAGAACGCCGCCGGCUCCCUGACCCCUCUCUCCACGCGCGCGGAUGGGUGCUGCCCCCCGAGCGGCUAACUCCAGCCUUGCUUUGCAAAGCCAUUCGGGGUGGGGGGGGGGGAAGCAUCAGCCAGAAAUAUUCAUGGAUCUUGCAGCAUUUCAGAGCAGGGCAGCCUGCUGCUCCCUCCACACGGCUCAUCCCCGCGACCAGCAGGGCGGCGCAUGGGUGAAGCCGGGCGAUUCCCCGCGAACCAGCCCCCCCUUUGCACCCCAGUUCCUGGCCUUCCAGGAGGCUUUGCUCGCCAGUGCCCAACCAGCAGGGAGCCUGCCCCACAAAACCCUCCACCACUCAGCUACGCACCUAACGAUUCGGGGGGAGCGGGGGGAGGCAGGGGGUUAGUUACACGUUAAAUGUUAUUUUUCUCUCCCCCCCUCCUCGGGGCAUGCCCCUGGACCUGCAAUAUUUGAAGCCUCUAGCCUGGGAACACUGGAGGUGGAUUUAUUCAGCCAGACAAUCAGAGGACAGUGCCAGCCUGUUAGCAGCAGGCCCGGCCCUCCUUGCAGCCCACCACCCUGGGCUGCCCCCACUGCGGGCACGGGCCAGCGCCAGCCCUGCCGCACUCGCCCAAACUGUUUACACGCCGCCACGUGUAGGCGGCGAAAGGUGCAGGUCUGUUCCGGGGGGAGGGGGGGGUUGUUUGUUUGUUUUUUAAGAAAAAAAUCUUUACUUUUGAAAAUAUUUAUUGACCCAUGUACAGAUUCUACACGUUCACCGUGGUUUGUUUUUUGCUUAAGACUUUCUUUAAAUAAACUAUCAAGCUGUGGCGCC